AUGAUUCCCCCUUUUGGUCACUCCUCGCCUGAUCUUCAAACCUUAAAGAAAUCCAAAAGUACCCUAGUGUGUAAAAAGACAUUUUCCCCAGGUCAAGCUUACUUUUUCGUUCACCAUCGUGCAUGGCUCUUCGUCACCAGUCUCUUCCUAGUCUUCCUUCUAAUCUUCGUCACUGAUACUCCACAUAUAUACAAUAAAUCCACUCGACUACAAUUAUUCCCUGCCCCUCAUGCAGAAAAAUGUGAGUCCGGCAAGGUUUACGUAUACAACCUGCCAGAAAUGUUUAAUCGAGAAUUCUUGAACAAAUGCCACGAAUUAGAUCCAUGGCAUUCUCGGUGCAAUGCCCUUUCUAACAACGGGUUUGGUCCCAGAGCCACUGGACUCGCCGGGAUUGUGCCGGAAAACCUUGCCCCGGCGUGGUACUGGACUGACAUGUUUGCCGGGGAGAUCAUAUAUCACAAUCGGAUGUUGAACUACAAGUGUAGAACAAUGGAGCCAGAAUCGGCUGCGGCGUUCUACGUACCGUUUUACGCUGGAAUUGCGGUUGGAAAAUAUUUGUUUACUAAUUCCAGCGCAAUGGAACGUGACUGGCACUGUGAAAUGUUGACGAGGUGGGUCCAGAACCAACAAUAUUGGAAGAGAUCCAACGGCUCUGAUCACUUCAUCAUGUUUGGCCGGGCGACGUGGGAUUUUCGACGAACCAACGAUGCAGAUUGGGGAUCGAGCUUUAUUAACAAGCCAUUCAUGCAAAAUAUCACACGACUCACCAUUGAACGAAGCCAGUGGGACCCUUUGGAUGUCAGUGUCCCUUACCCCACUGGAUUCCACCCUCGAUCCGACGCAGACAUCCGCCAAUGGUUAAACUUUGUCCGUACUCGUAAACGUAAGAGUCUCUUUACUUUUGUAGGAGGCAAACGCAGUAUAAAGAAUGACUUCAGAUCAUUGUUACUGAGUUACUGUUAUAAUGAGUCUGACUCGUGCCGAGUCGUGGACUGCGCCAGAACACGGUGCCAAGAUGGUACUUCGGCGAUUAUUGAAGCGUUCUUGGACUCGGACUUCUGCUUACAGCCCAGAGGUGAUGCGUACACGAGGCGUUCUCAGUUUGAUUGCAUGUUGGCUGGCUCGAUCCCAGUGUUUUUCUGGAAAAGAAGCGUUUAUGAUCAAUAUCAAUGGUUCUUUCCGAGUGACCCAGCGAGUUUCUCGGUGUUUAUAGACCGGAAGGAUGUGAGAAAUGGGGCUAUUUCUAUAAGACGAGUGCUUGAGUCUUUCAGCAGGGAAGACGUGAGAAGGAUAAGAGAGAAAGUGUUUGAAUCUAUACCCAAGUUUUUGUAUGCAAAUCCCAGUCAGGGUUUGGAGAUUAGUACAGAUGCUUUCGAUAUUGCCAUUAAUGGGGUUUUAAGGAGGAUCAAGGAACAAAGAGGGGGACGCAAGUCAAAUACAACAAAAGAAGCAAAUGAAAGAGAAACUUCGUGGGCGCAAUACCAAGUUGAUGAACUAACUGUGAAGAACCUUCAAAUGUACUGA